AUGGCCACGCCAGCUCACAACACAGACCCCAUGUCGGACGACCGCACCGUCCGCGGCUCAGAGGCAGAGGCCGUCGAGGUCGGCGCGAACGGGAAACGCGCUCCUCGCAACGGCGCACAGGGCGGCGCAGGGGGCAAGGCGCAGCGCGUGCGCAUCCAGAGGGACUAUGCGGACAUUCCCGCGGUCAAGGACGAGACGGGCGAGAAGGUUGCGCAGCUCUUCGAGGGCUUCCUCGAGCAGUUCUCUGAGGAAGACCCGCGCGCUCUCCCAACUUCGUCCCUCACGUCCGGCGGACCCUCCUCGACUGCUUCCCGCGUGCACUUCUACAUCGAGCAGGUCAAGGGUAUGGAGGAGUUCAAGCUCACGACGCUCUACGUCGACUACCAGCACUUGCACGACGCGCACGAGCUUCUCGCAAAGGCUAUCACGCAGCAAUACUACCGCUUCCUCCCCUACCUCCGCCGCGCGCUCCAGAAUCUCGUCAAGAAGUACGCGCCGACCUACCUCUACUUGAACGCCCACACGGCAAGCACCGUCGCGUCCGGCCUGUCCGUCCGACAGUUUAACAUCGCUUUCUACAACCUCCCUCUCGUCGAAGGCAUUCGCGACAUGCGGACAGACAAGAUUGGGAAGCUUAGCUCUAUCAGCGGAACCGUGACGAGGACGAGCGAGGUCCGGCCUGAGUUGACGUUCGGAACGUUCACCUGCCUUGUCUGCCACGGUAUGGUCCGCGACGUCGAGCAGCAGUUCAAGUACACAGAGCCGUCCAUGUGCCCAAACAUCUCGUGCUCGAACCGCUCGGCAUGGAAGCUCAAUAUCGAGCAGUCCAAGUUCUCCGACUGGCAGAAGGUCCGCAUCCAGGAGAAUCCUAACGAGAUUCCGACUGGCUCGAUGCCUCGCUCCCUCGACGUCAUCCUCCGCGCCGAAAUCGUCGAGCGCGCAAAAGCAGGCGACAAAGUCAUCUUCACCGGUACCUUCAUCGUCGUGCCGGACGUCGCAGCUCUCGGUCUCCCCGGCGUCAACGCCGAGAUGAUGCGCGAGAACCAGGGCGGGAGGGGAGGCGGACCGGGCGCGAUGGGCGGGAACUUGGGCGUCAGCGGGUUGAAGAGUUUGGGUGUCAAGGAUUUGACGUACAAGACGGCUUUCUUGGCUUGCAUGGCGACGAGUGCGGAUGUCAGGUCGACGGCUGCCAACAUCCGCUCGGACGACCAAGGCGUCGAGGAGAACCGCAAGGAGUUCCUCGAGAGCCUGACGAAGGAGGAAGUCCAGCACCUCGAGUCGAUGGUCCGGAGCGACCACAUCUACUCGCGCCUUGUAUCGAGCAUCGCGCCGACCGUCUACGGCCACGAGAUCGUCAAGAAGGGCAUCUUGCUCCAGCUCAUGGGCGGAGUGCACAAGCAGACGCCCGAGGGGAUGCAUUUGCGUGGAGACUUGAACGUCUGCAUCGUCGGUGACCCGUCAGUCAGCAAGUCGCAGUUCCUCAAAUACGUCUGCGGCUUCCUCCCCCGUGCCGUCUACACCUCGGGCAAGGCUUCGUCCGCCGCCGGUCUCACCGCCGCCGUCGUCAAGGACGAGGAGACGGGGGAGUUCACUAUCGAAGCUGGCGCCCUCAUGCUCGCCGAUAACGGCAUCUGCGCUAUUGACGAGUUCGACAAGAUGGACCUGUCCGACCAGGUUGCCAUUCACGAGGCGAUGGAGCAGCAGACCAUCUCGAUCGCCAAGGCCGGCAUCCAGGCGACUCUCAACGCCCGCACGUCCAUUCUCGCUGCCGCCAACCCUGUCGGUGGCCGAUACAACAAGAAGAUGAGCCUGCGCGCGAACGUCGCCAUGUCGGCGCCCAUCAUGUCGCGUUUCGACCUCUUCUUCGUCGUCCUCGACGAGUGCAACGAGGACGUCGACCUCAAGCUUGCGCAGCACAUCGUCAACAUCCACAUGCACAAGAAUGCCGCGAUCAACCCUGAGUUCUCGACCGACGAGCUGCAGCGGUACAUUCGCUACGCGCGAACGUUCAACCCGAAGCUCACGCCUGAAGCGUCGAAGCAGCUCGUCACACUCUACGGCAAGCUCCGCAGCGAAGACGCGCAGGGUUAUGGUCGCAGCUCGUACCGCGUCACCGUCCGUCAGCUUGAGAGCAUGGUCCGACUGUCCGAGGCGAUCGCGCGUGCCAACUGCACGGAUGUGAUCAUGGUCGAAUUCGUCAACGAGGCGUACAAUUUGCUGAGCCAAUCGAUCAUCCACGUCGAGAAGGACGACGUCGACAUCGACUCGGACGACGAGGACAACGACGACGACCCCGAGCUCGGCGGCGGCGGGGAUGGCGAGGAAGGCCAGGCUGGACCCGGGUCUCCCGCUCGCGACCGCACCGCAUCCGCCACGCCCGCCCCUGCGCCCGCACAGCAGCCGAAGAAGCCCAAGGUCACCAUCUCCUACGACAAAUAUAUGCUCAUGAUGCAGCGCAUCGUGUACAUGAUCGCGCAGCACGAGAAAGAGGAGGGCGCGGGUAUGCCCAGGAGCGCCGUCGCCUCGCAGUACCUCGACGAGAUCGAGGACCAGAUCAACUCGAUCGACCAGCUGGAGGAGGAGACGGUCCUCGUCGACAAGGUCUUGACCAAGCUCGUCAAGGAACGCUAUCUUCUCGAGCUUCGCGGGUCGUCGAACGUCCAGGAGGGUCAGGAUGGCGACGAGAUGGCAGCCGACGAGGAGGACGAGCCCGUCUUGACCGUCCACCCAGAGUGCGACGUCCUGGAGGCGUAA